UAUCUGGUUGGAGGAAUUCUGCCAACUUCUUGUGGAGAACCAGUUUCAUUCAGUAGUACGUGUGGUAUGCCUCCUGGGACAUCCAGGUGAUCCCAAAAGAAGCAAAAACUAAUGGAGAAAGUAGCCAGACUAUCAGAGGGGUCCUUUCAAGGAAUCAGACUCCCCCCUACUCCUCCUGACAAGGUAUGCUGCUAAUGUAAGAUUGGUCCAUACUUGUUAGUUCCUCCUGAAUAUUGGAUGACGUUUCACAAAGGCAAACUGGGGAGGAGUUUCUGUGACCCUCUGAAAGAGUAACUUUGUUUUACCUGGCAGCUUGUGAACAAAGGAGUCUGUGGAUAAAGAUUUUAAAUAGGUUUGGCAUCUCUGUGCCAGGCUGCACCUGACAUCCCGAGUUGGCAUAUCCAACCUUCCAGUUGUAUAUUACCUGUGCCUUGAAUCUCUGCUUGGGAGGAAAGACAGUGCUUUGUGUAGCCCCUGAGCAAAAGGCAUCGUUGCCAACACUUGGAGUCAAAUUUGGGUAUAUCUUGCUCUGGCUCCAUUUACUUUUACAGGGAAAGAUUUGCCUGUGAAGUGAUUUCAUUGAACUUUACAGACCAGCACUUGAAAGGACGUGUUUCUGACAGGUGCGGGGUGAAGGUCCCAAAGAAAGAACAAACGCCUCACUUAGGUUUUCCAUUUUCCUUGCUAGUGACUGUACAGCUUUGCCUACAGCCAAUGGACCCUGAUUCGCAGAUUUUGGUGUUGUUUUAUCCUUCACCUCAUUGUCCCUGGCAUGUUGUUCCCUGUGUCACCAUUCUCAAACAUUUCAUGUUUUCCAUCUUGCUCAGGCUGGAUGUCUCCACUGCUGCCUUUGACCUGCAGAGGCAACUUUAUCUCCCUAGACUCAACCCCCACCUCCUUCAUUCUUCCUUGACUUCAGGUCCUUUCACUGACCUUUCAGCUCUUGCUGGCUUGGGGAGCUUGGACAGCUGCAAUGGACACGUGGCCACUGCUGCCCACACGCUGCUGUUGGAGAGCCAGGGGCAGAGGGCCUGGGAGGGAGCCAGCAAGAUUGAUGUGCCUGCAUUGCUGAGGAGUACCUGCUCCCAGGGAUGGGAGAGGCAGCUCCAGAACCCCCACCCUCCCCCUCUUCUGCUGCCUGUCUCCAAGCUGUGCCUUGUCCUGAGAAAUGGGUGUCUUUUCCAGGUAAGCUCCAGGUCCAUCUCACAUGUCCAGUGUUGUCACACUAAUAAAGAUUCCCAUGGCUCUCUGCUGCCAAGAUGUCCAAUGACAUACUUUCCUGUUUGCACACGGAACCCAGCAGGUCCUCUUUGUGCACCCUUGAUAUCCUCAGCAAGGAGUAAUUUCAUUGAUUCGUCCCCAGAGGCAUCCAGUUUAGUGAGGGGGGCUCGUGUGUUGGCAAGGAGAGAAACUGAUGGCUAUUACUACCUGGGCCACAUUGCCCAAGAGGUGAAGGGCUCCAGGGAACGCUUUGUAAUUGAGUUUGACAAAAGUCGUGCUCGAAAAGGCAAGGUACAGCUCCGCCUGCAGGAAACGCCUCUCUACGACAUUCUCCACUACGAGGAUGCCAGGAGACGGCGUCUCGCUCCAGGAGACAGGGUCUUGGCACCGUGGGAGGCUAGAGCUGAACGUUUUGGCCCCGGCACUGUGCUAAAGGUUGUGGAGAGCAAGGAGGCACAUUUAGCACACAACAGAAGUGGAGUGCUUGUGAAUUUCUGGAAUGGGCAGACCAAGGAGGUGUCGUCUGACCAAGCUCUGCAGAUUCCUCUGCCCUUAAGCGAACGCAUCAUCCUAGAACUGCAGAUGCCUUUAGCAGCCAGGCAGAUGGUGGUAGAUUCAAGCUUACAUUACCCAUACAUUGUGACACCGGGUUAUAGAGCCUCAGGCCACUACAGACUGGGUCACUCAGACCUGGACUGCUGGCCAGGGGGUCUGUAUUCAGCUCAUCAAUGUGCUAAGUGCAGCUGGGAGUGUACCUCGCUCCCCCGGUGCUGCCUGGCAGCCUGGGAACCCACACGGCCUGUAGGGUGCAAAGUGCAGCAGGAAAAUGCCUUCAUCCCAGGAACAGGCUUGGCUGAAGAACUGCUCAGCAAGAAAAUAGAAGAGGAACUGUCUGAAUUGAGAAUUACAUCUUCAGAAAGUGUUUCCAGAGAGGAAGAGAAAAAGGAAGAGACGAGAUUAGAGACAGAAAAUGUUCCAAAAGACGUUUGGUCUUGUUUGGGAGAGGACAAUGAGUUUAUAGAACCUAAGAAGGGUGCUCAGAGGGAGAUGGCUCAUGCUAUGGUUGAUACCGCUGUCAACACAGACAGCUGGUUAAUGGAGACAGAUCACAAGGAGGAACCAGACAGCAGACAGCAGGAUGCUGAAACUGAAGCUAAUUUUAAACACGAGCAUGGUCUUUUUGAGUCCAGAGUGGCAGAAGCUCCAGUUCAGCAUUCCCCAAGGAGCCCUUCCCUGGGAACCAGUGCUUUGGUUCCUUUCAGGCGCCAAAGCUUCUUUGACCAAGUGAAUCAAUCGCUAGAGAAAGACAGCCUGACCAUCAGAUCAGCUCUGUGUGUACAGAGACCACACAGGACCACCAAUGUGCUGGCUAGGAGAUCCACAAAACUUCUAAACCUUCUAAAACACAAAAGCAUUACAAAAUCAAUCCUUAAUGAUGCAUCUCAGGAGAGAUGGAAAGAGAUGGGCUUCGACAGAGCCAAGACUGAGCACAAAAGGAGGAAAGAGGAACAGAGGCAGCUGAAAAGGGAGCAGCAGCAAGAGGCAGAUGGCAUCCAGCACCAGCUGCACAAGGACAACCAGAGGCAACAGUUGCGUCAGAGAACAUUGCAAGGGCUGGAGAAACAGCUGGAGCACAAAGAGAGAGCUUUGCAGCACAUGGCACUGCUCCAGGCUGCUGGGGCUCAGAGGAGCAGGAAGGAAUCCUCCUUUCAAGAGGAGGGGAAGAAGGCAAGUCAGAGGCUUCAGUUCUUAAAGACACAGCGUUCACAGAGGGAGGAGUUGCAGGCAGAAUGCAAUGAAAGGAGCUUUGAACAAGAGAAAGAAAGGCUGGAGUUUCUGAGGAGCAGAAUGCAGCCACGGCAGGAAAUGUUGGAACAAGAACCACGGGAGCAGGACAAGCAACAAAACCAGCACCCGGCUGCAAAAGUGAGAGUGUUCCAGAGCGGAGACCGAAGAUCAGAAGAUGGAAAAAGAAGACCAAAAAAUCCAUGAUCUCCAGCAGUACCUCGGAGAACAGUCCCUUUUGCUGCUUCGGGCAUCCUUGCUAGUGUAAGGAAGCUGCAGAGCAGGGGAGAGGCCCUCAAGCAGUUCACAGACCUGGUCUUUGUCUUGUAGGUGUGACUCAGUGUGCUACAGUUGUGACAAGUGGAAUUACAAUUCCCGGAGAGGUCUUUAAUCUCCCUUUCAUUGCAGCCAGAGUGCAUGUCCACUGCUCUGUCCUUUACAUGCCUUUCUUUCUGGAGUUACUAUUCUGGUUCACCAGCCUGGGCUUCAGGUAAGUGCAGAUCAUCUACUCUCAGGUUGUAGGUACUGCUUGAGAUGUGUUGGCCACUCCUUUAGAGGAGGAAUGACUUUUAGAAGCCCAAAAUAGAAAGUGGUGUGGGGGUUUUUGUUUGUUUGGUUUUUUUUUUUAAUGACAAGCUCCCCUUUCUAGGCACUGUGAUGACAAAAAGGUCUGAUCUGUGAAAUAACUGUCUUUGGAGAGUCACCAAACCCAGUGGUGGGCUUGGGUUUCUGUUUGGCCUACAGUCUCACUGGCAGGCUGGCAGUCUCCAAAACGGGUCAGAAAGAUACUUGGAUACCUUUUCAGGUAGGGCCCUUGCUUACAAUAACCACACCUUUUGCUCUUUGUGAAUAAAUGAGGAGAAUGUUACAAAGACAAAUGAAUUGGUAAAUUGAUGGUUAACAAAAUAUAGUGGCUAUUAUCAGCUCUGGGUAACCAGAAACGUACCUGUUCUUUUCAGAUCGGUAUUUAGGGAAGGAGAAUGGAUGUGGCACAGUUUAUUUGCUGGAACACUCAGGGCUAUGUGGAAAUAUGUUCUUGUUUUACACAGAAUUAUGCUAAAAUAAAUACAAUAUGUGUGAUACCUUGUUUCAAGUAAUGCCUGGAACCAAACUAGAUACAAAAUUUAAAUGUUGUUGCCUGACAUUCUGUGUACACUUAGAAACAUGUUGCACCUUUUGUGGCACAGUGCUCAACAGAAAAGUGUGAGUACAAAAAUGUAUGUCUUUUGCAAGAAUACAGAACAAGUGAUAAUGGUAGUUACUUAAGCAAAAAAAAUGGUAAAAUUAAGAAAACUUGUAAAAGGGAGGUCCUUUGAAAUCCUGCCAGCAGUUUCUUAGCAGUAAGUCUCAGACUGCAUUCCUCUAUGGAUAAUGGAGAGGCUAUGCCUUCAGCUUUCCCCUAAAAAGACAAAGUUAAGUCUCUCAUCCAGAUGUUUACAAACUAUUCAGAAGCCUUAACAGCUGAAAGGGGUAUUUUUAAACUUUAGGAUCCAUAAUAUGCAUAAGCCAUCCUCAGAUUUUUGGGUUUUUUUAAAGAAAAGGGGAAAGGAAGGAUGAGGCUAAAUACCA